AUGCCCUCGCUGGAGGGGGACAGCCUCCAGCAGCCUGCAGAUGUGGCCUCCAAGCUGAUGGUCAAGAAGGGGAAAAGCGACCGGCGAUACGGAUUAUGGUUUCGAUUGCGGAAGUUAAUAAUCUGGUUGCUGGGAGUGUACAUAGCCAUUCCAUUUCUAGUAAAACUUUGCCCUGCUAUUCAGGCGAAGCUGGUCUUCCUAAACUUUGUGAGGGUCCCAUAUUUCAUUGACUUGAAAAGACCACAGGAUCAAGGUUUAAACCACACCUGUAAUUAUUACCUGCAGCCAGAGGAGGAUGUAACCAUUGGAGUUUGGCACACGGUCCCUGCAGCCUUAGGGAAGAAUGCCCGAGGGAAGGACCAGUUGUGGUUUGAAGAUGCUUUGGGUUCCAGCCAUCCUGUAAUUCUUUACUUGCACGGCAAUGCAGGAACAAGAGGAGGGGAUCACCGCGUGGAGCUUUACAAGGUUCUCAGCUCCCUUGGGUACCACGUGGUCACGUUUGAUUAUCGAGGCUGGGGCGAUUCAAUAGGCAGCCCGUCAGAGAGGGGGAUGACCUACGACGCCCUUCAUGUCUUCGACUGGAUAAAAGCAAGAAGCGGAGACAACCCUGUCUAUAUAUGGGGACACUCCCUGGGCACGGGGGUUGCAACAAAUCUAGUGAGGCGUCUCUGCGAGAGGGAAACGCCCCCGGAUGCCCUGAUACUGGAAUCUCCAUUCACCAACAUACGGGAGGAGGCACGAAGUCACCCCUUUUCUGUGAUAUACAGAUACUUCCCUGGGUUUGACUGGUUCUUCCUUGACCCCAUCACGACAAGUGGAAUUAAAUUUGCAAAUGAUGAGAAUGUGAAAUACAUUUCCUGCUCUCUGCUCAUCCUUCAUGCUGAGGAUGACCCGGUGGUACCAUUUCAUCUAGGAAAGAAGCUUUACAACAUUGCUGCGACGUCACGGAGUUUCCGAGACUACAAGGUGCAGUUUGUUCCGUUUCACACAGACCUCGGCUACCGGCACAAGUACAUCUACAGGAGUCCAGAGCUACCUCGAAUACUGCGGGAAUUCCUGGGAAAAUCUGAACAUGAGCGUCAUCACUGAAGACUGGCUGCUUGGCAGCACAGAGAUUUUCCCUUUCUUUCCUUCUUCUCUCUCCUUUUCUCCCCUGCUCCCUGUGGGUCAGUCUGCCAUUCUUCCAUCCCUGGCACUAGAGGAGGUCAGGGGUUCCCACUCUGGUCCUGAUAUGUACCCUUGGCAACUCCAGCUCCCGGCAUCAGCAUCUGCGAUGGUAGAAGAAAGAAGUUGUUGUCGUCUUUUUUGGCAUGGAUGGAGGGGUGAAAACGGACCAGGAGCCGGUACCAAACCGUGAAAAAUAUAAAGCACAACAAAGCCUGGCCAGUCCAGCAUGGUACCACUGAGGACAGACAUUCCUAGGACAUGUGUGUCAUGACCAAGUGUGUUUCUUUCACUUUUAAACACUGCUGCUGUUUUUGGAUCACAUAGAGACUCAUUUGUAGGCGAAUGGCUUUUGCCGUGUCUCCAUACCACAGGUGUCCUGCUUGACUUUGAGGUGUUUUCUUUCUAGGAAAUACAUGUUUUGCCUUCCCUUUU